AUGAUCGUCCAGAGUCCCGCCGCCGUCCGCUCGCUGUUCUCCAGCGCUGUGUCCACUCGCGCCCUGCGCAGUCGCUAUCCGAUGCUGAUGAAGCGUACGGUGCGUACGGUGCGUCCAGUGUCUUCGCCGUCGUGGGGCGCGUCGUUGACUGUACCCUACAGCUCCUCCUCGAGCGCGCAGAGCGUAUUUGCCACGAGGUUUCAGGCGCACACGUUUGCAUCGGUCCCCAGUCGUGAUGAGGAGCUACUGAGCAGUGGCAAGAGCAAGAACGAGCAGAUUCAGGCGCUGCUGGAGGAGAAUGCGGCCCUGAAAAAGGAGAUCGAGACACUGAAGACGGAAGCAGCUAAGAAACCCGGCAAGUUCUUGGGCACACUGCAGCAGUACGGUCUCCCGUUUGUCGUGUGGUGGACAUCCCUCUACCUCGCGUCUGGCGUGUCCAUUUACGUGGCCCUGGACACUGGUGUCAUUUCAGGUGCCAGCGUAAUCGACUUUAUCAUGCAAGUGGGUUUGGACAAGUUCAUUGACCCGGAACGACUCGACCCGACGUACGGGAACAUUGCCAUUGCAGUGAUUGUGAACGAGUGCCUUGAGGUCGUUCGCUUUCCGAUUACGCUGGCAACGCUGCCCUACGUGAAGCGCGUCUUUUCCCGCAAGAAAGAUGAAGAAGUCAAGUAA